AUGAAGCUGCUUUCCUGCAUCCUGUUGCUUACCCUAGCCCUGGGAUGGGCUCACUCGUAAGUGGAAUAUUCUGCAGAUGACCUUGACCGCUGUAAAGGUCUUGAGAUGGAUGCUGUUGCAGUGAAUGAAGAGGGAAUCCCAUACUUUUUCAAGGGUGACCAUUUAUACAAGGGCUUCCACGGCCAUGCCGAGCUCUCCAAUAAGAGUUUCGCUGAGUUGGACGACCAUCACCACCUGGGCCAUGUGGAUGCUGCUUUCCACAUGCACUUUGAAGACAACCCCGACGACCACGACCGCAUGUUCUUCUUCUUGGACAACAAGGUGUUCAGCUUUUACAAGCACAAGCUGGAGGCUGGCUACCCCAAGGAUAUCUCUGAAGUCUUCCCUGGAAUCCCUGACCAUCUGGAUGCUGCUGUGGAAUGUCCUCAUCCAGAGUGCGCCAACGACUCCGUUAUCUUCUUCAAAGGGGACGAAAUCUACCACUUCGAUCUUAAAAGCAAGGCUGUAGAGGAGAAAGAGUUCAAGUCCAUGCCAAACUGCACAUCGGCUUUCCGCUUCAUGGAGCACUACUACUGCUUCCACGGGCACAUGUUCUCCAAAUUUGAUCCAAAGACUGGCGAAGUGCACGGCAAAUACCCCAAAGAGGCCCGCGACUACUUCAUGAGAUGCUCCAAGUUCAGUCCUGACAGCGACCAUGUGGAGAGAGAGCGAUGCAGCCGUGUUCACCUGGAUGCCAUCACAUCAGACGACGCUGGAAACAUUUAUGCCUUCAGAGGCCACCAUUACCUCCGUAAAGAUGAUAAUGACACACUGACCUCUGACACCAUCGAGAAUGAUUUCAAGGAGCUGCACAGUGAGGUGGACGCCGCUUUCUCUUAUGAAAAUCACCUUUACUUGAUCAAGAAUAACAAUUUGUAUGUUUACCGAGUCGGUGAGCCCCACACCCACCUCGAUGGUUACCCCAAGCCUGUGAAGGAGGAGCUGGGCAUUGAGGGCCCCAUUGAUGCUACAUUCGUCUGUCAGGACCAUCACAUUGUUCACAUUAUCAAAGGUAAUCACAUGUAUGAUGUGGAACUGAAAGUCACCCCACGUAAGGCAGGCAACGAGCGUCCAAUCGGACCCUUCAAGAGAGUCGAUACUGCCAUGUGCGGUCCCGGAGGAGUUAAAGUGAUCAUAGGAAAUCACUUCUACCACUUUGAUAGCACCAAACUGCUUACUACUGCCAGGUCCCUGCCUGAGCAGCACAAAGUGUCUCUGGAGCUGUUUGGCUGUGAUCACUAG